CAUUGUCAAACGCUUUAAAAAAGCAGUAAAGCCUAACCUCCAAAGACGAAAUGCGUAAUCUUGUUGUACUUGGUGGUUCUUCUCAUCCUGAGUUUACCGAAAAAAUCUGUAAUCGGUUAGGUAUUUCAGAAGGAAAGACUCGCCUCAGCAAAUUUUCAAACAAUGAGACCAGUGUCGAAAUGAAGGAGUCUGUUCGUGGACAAGAUGUAUAUAUUGUCCAAAGUGCUUGUGGCUCAGUCAAUGACAACUUUAUUGAGUUACUUAUCAUGAUUAAUGGCUGCAAGAGUGCCUCUGCUAAACGUAUCACAGCUGUUAUUCCUCAUUUCCCUUAUUCACGCCAACCCGAUGUUCCUUUCAAGCAGUCUGGUGCCCCGCUCACAUUUUUACCUCCUCAAACUCCUCAGUAUCAGCCCAAUCAACCCAACAAGGCAGAAGAUGUGUCAAAGCAAUUGUUGCGCAAGUUGGGACAAGCUGCUCAAGAAGAACAAGAAGUAGAGCAACCCAAAAAGAGUAGUGCACCAUACCGUGAAUGGCGUGCACGUCCCGGUGUUUUGAUCGCUGAUCUUUUAACCUGUGCUGGUGCUGAUCAUAUUAUCACUAUGGAUCUUCAUGAUGCUCAGUACCCUGGAUUCUUUGAUUGUCCUGUUGAUAACCUUACUAGUUUAUACACUGCCAUCAAUUAUAUUCGCUUAAAUAUCCCUGACUACUCAAAUGCGGUUGUUGUUUCCCCUGAUGCUGGUGGAGCAAAGAGAGCUACAUCUAUUGCGGAGAAAUUAUGUAUGGAUUUUGCAUUAGUACACAAAGAACGUAUCAAGGCACAUUCACAAAAGAAGGAAUCUAUGCUUGUUGGCGAUGUACGUGGACGCAACUGUAUUUUGAUUGACGAUAUUACCGAUACCUCAUAUACAAUCACCAAGGCAGCUCGUUUAUUACGGGAAAAGGGUGCCAAAAAGAUUUAUGCUCUUGUCAGUCAUGCUAUUCUUUCUGCCGAUGCUGUUGACCAUAUUGGCCAAAGUGCUAUUGAUGAAUUAAUUGUCAGUAACUCCGUACCUCAGCAUCAGCAUAUGACUCAUCCAAAGAUCAAGGUCUUUGAUGUCACCUCACUCUUUUCUGAAGCUAUUCGCCGUACUCACUUUGGCGAGUCUCUGUCAAAAUUAUUUGAAGCACAAAACUAGACACACCUCACAAUAGACACCUCAUCUCAAUAUGUACACAUGCAAAAUAAAAUAAAAUAAAACAAAAAAACUGCCUUUCCCA